GAAAACAAGACAAUCAAAAUCAACUGUACACGUGCACUUGUAAAUGAUUACUACUAAAAAAUAACAUUUAGCACAUUAUGGUAUACAAGUUUCAAGUAAGAUUAUUCUAUUCUGUAUUGUAAGCAAACAACCGAUUGGUUAUGUUUAUUAAGUCUUACACAUCUCAGCUGUUGCGUUUGAUCUAAUCCCAGUUUACGACAAGCUCUGGAAUAUGUUGCAUCUAUUGCUUUUGAUGUUUUUCUCUCUUUCAUACAGUGAAUAUAUUACUCUGAAUGGAAAAUGGACACUUCUUAAUUCCACAAUGGAUGGUAUACCUGCAAAUGUUCCGGGAGGGGUUCAUACGACCCUUAUGGAGGCUGGGAUACUGAAUGACCCAUACUACCGUAAGAAUGACGAAGUUUAUCAGUGGGUCGGGAGAGGAGACUGGCAAUACAAUAGAACGUUUGAAGUACCGAGUGAUGUUUUACAAAUGGACAAAAUCCUCUUGUUUUGUGAGGGACUGGACACGAUAGCGACAGUGACCAUCAAUGACAAAGUGGUUGGAAAAUCUGACAAUAUGUUUGUUAGAUAUAUCUUUGAUAUCAAACCAGCUCUCAAGGAAAUGAAUACUAUUACUGUAGACUUCACAUCACCUGUAAGUUAUGGACUGGAGAGAGCAGGGUCUACUGAGUACAAUAUUCCACCUGACUGCCCGCCAUAUUAUUUCCAUGGUGAAUGUCACAGAAACAUGGUGAGAAAAAUGCAGUGUGCUUUUAGCUGGGACUGGGGACCAGCAUUCGUCACCAUGGGAAUCUGGAAGAAUAUUUAUUUACAAGCCAUAGGUUGGACACUGAUCACAGACAUAACUACGGAAACUUCACAAGACAAAGAUGCUUGGAGAUUACAUGUGGAUGUAUUUACGCGAAAUAGUGACAAUAUCGACGGGAAAGGAAUCUUAGAGUUGAAACUUGAAGAUACUGAUGUUAGUGUAGUGAGAAAGGUGAAACUGAAAGGUGACUCUCAGAAAUUGACAGCAGAGUUUGAUAUUCCAAAGAAAACAGGAAUCAUUGCCUGGUGGCCGAGAGGAUAUGGUCCACAGACUUUGUACAAUUUAACUGUCACACUGAAAACCGAACUUGGAAUUGUUCUAUCAGAGAAGACUGUAAGAUUCGGAUUUAGAACCGUAAAGCUUGUACAGGAACCAAUUUCAGCUCGAGAACGUGACGGACUUUCAUUUUAUUUUCGCAUCAACGACCAUCCGAUAUUCCUAAAAGGUUCAAACUGGGUACCAGCAGACAGCUUUCCGGAGCGAGUAACCAAAGCUAGAAUCAAAAACUACUUACAGUCAGCAGUUGACGCAAACAUGAACUGUCUGCGAGUAUGGGGUGGCGGUAUUUAUGAAACGGACUACUUUUAUGAUUUGGCGGAUGAAUAUGGCAUCUUAAUCUGGCAAGAUUUCAUGUUUGCAUGUGCAUUGUACCCGGCAGAUGAAGCGUUCCUGUCAUCGGUGAGAGAGGAAGUUACUUAUCAGAUUAUACGACUGAAAAAUCACCCAUCGGUAUUCGUCUACAGUGGAAAUAAUGAGAACGAAGUAGCCAUCACUGGAGGCUGGUGGCCAGGUGUAUUUAGAAAUCAGAAAUUAAUGUCAGACUAUGUGAAGCUUUACAUAAACACAAUUCAAGACAUUGCUAAAGAAGAUGAUCCAACGAGACCGUUUUUGAUUUCGAGUCCCAGUAACGGCGUACGUACAGUUAUGGAUGGUGGUAUAUCUAAUACAGACCCAGGGGGCGUAUUGUAUGGUGAUAUUCACGACUAUCAAUACACACAACCUUUCUUCGACGAUAUGACAUACAAAGUACCAAGAAUGGCAUCGGAAUAUGGUCUCCAAUCAUUUCCUAGCUUAGAGUCAUUGGAUGAAGUGUAUGAUAAACGAGAUCUUUUCUACGAGUCAGACGUAAAUGACUACAGGCAACACCAUGCUGGCGGAAAUCUUCAGAUGCAGCACCUUAUAACCAUGUAUAUGUUACCUCCGGAAAGCAGUGUUCCACAUCAAAGGUUUGAGGAUAUAAUCUACUGUACACAGAUUGUGCAAGCAAUUGCUAUGCGAACGGAGACGGAACAUUAUCGGCGAUGGCAAAGUGAAGUCAAUUUAUACGGCGAGGGAAAGACAAUGGGUGCAAUGUACUGGAUGUUUGCCGACAUCUGGCAAGCUCCCUCUUGGUCUUCUAUCGAAUACGGAGGUAAAUGGAAAAUGUUGCAUUACUACGCAUACCACUUCUUCUCACCUGUUUUAAUUUCACCGUAUGUGAGCAGAGACAAGUUACAAGUGUACGUUGUUGUUGAUGAACUACCGAAGUUUCAGCGCACAUAUCUUCUGGAUGGCAAAACAUUUUCACAGAAAAACAGCAAAUUUGGCACAUUUUCAAGUUCGUGGAAGCACAUACUGUUAGAUCUUCUAAAGGAUAAUUUAGAAGGAAGUAAUGAGGCACUGUUGUUAUUGUCUGGUACUGUUUACCUGCGUGUAUACUCCUGGGACAACAUGGAGCCAAAGUAUACAGAAGAAAUAGCUUUUGAGCUGUAUAAACCUGCUGAACAAGUUUACGAAGAAUCUGUGGCAAAUAUUGUCCGGAAAGCCGGUUGUGGAGCACCAGAAUAUUGUUUCAUUGUUCUGUAUAUCGGAGACCUCAGUAAUGGACUUUCCACGUGGUAUCCCUUGACAACAUUUAAGAAAUCGAAAGGUUUAAAAGUACCAAAUAUCAAGGUUAACCAGAUUAAGGAAUCAGAAGACAGUGGCACCUUUGAAAUACAUCUUAUAACGGACGCCAUCGCUCCGUUUGUUUGGCUGGAAGCUUACGGCAAAAAAGGAAGGUUUUCAGAUAACGGAUUUCUAAUGUUCCAAGCAGAGAAGACCAUCAUGUUUUAUGCAUGGGAAAGCACAGAUGUGGAUAUGCUCAAAGAUAUUAUUUCUGUUAAAUCUCUUAUGGAUAUCUACCACUGA